ACAGCUUUAUGUUGCUAUAUUCGUGGUAAUUCCUUUUGACUUUUCUGUGUGAAUAGCACACGCGAACGUAGGCAAAAUUUUGCCAACGUUCGCCUUCCAUAACAGCUAUGUCUCGAAAUAAACAUCAUGAGGAGACGGAUAAGCUUACGCGUAUUGCCAUCGUAAACGCGGAUCGUUGUAAGCCUAAGAGAUGCAGGCAAGAAUGUAAAAAAAGUUGUCCAGUGGUGCGUAUGGGGAAGCUCUGUAUUGAAGUCACUCCCAACGAUAAAAUAGCCACGAUUUCCGAGGAGCUCUGUAUUGGAUGUGGUAUUUGUGUUAAGAAAUGUCCAUUUGAUGCUAUCACUAUCAUCAAUAUUCCCUCAAACUUGGAAAAGCAUACCACCCAUCGUUACUCUAAGAACUCAUUCAAACUUCACCGACUACCAAUUCCACGCCCUGGUGAGGUGCUAGGUCUGGUUGGACAGAAUGGUAUCGGCAAGUCUACGGCUUUGAAAAUCCUUGCUGGGAAACAAAAGCCUAAUCUGGGCCGUUAUGCUGAUCCUCCGGAUUGGCAAGAGAUUCUGUCCCAUUUCCGAGGCUCGGAACUUCAGAAUUACUUCACCAAGAUUUUGGAGGAUGAUUUAAAGGCUCUAAUCAAACCACAGUAUGUGGAUCAAAUCCCCAAGGCUGUGAAGGGAACAGUUGGGCAACUUCUUGAUAAAAAAGAUGAAAUGAAGAAUCAACCUGAAAUAUGCAGAAUGCUUGAUUUAUCUCAUAUUCGGGACCGUGAGAUUGCUGCAUUGUCUGGUGGAGAGCUGCAACGCUUUGCAUGUGCUAUGGUCUGCAUCCAGAAUGCAGAUAUCUUCAUGUUUGAUGAACCAUCAUCAUACCUAGAUGUAAAGCAGCGUCUCAAUGCUGCACGGACCAUUCGCUCCUUGAUACACCCUGACAAGUUUAUUAUAGUUGUGGAACAUGACUUGUCAGUUUUGGACUAUUUAUCAGACUUUAUUUGCUGUCUGUAUGGUGUUCCUGGAGCUUAUGGUGUUGUCACUAUGCCUUUCUCUGUAAGAGAAGGUAUUAAUAUAUUCCUUGAUGGAUUUGUACCUACUGAAAAUAUGAGAUUUAGGACUGAAUCCCUAGUCUUCAAAGUUGCAGAAUCUGCCACUGAAGAAGAGAUAAAAAGGAUGAAUCACUAUGAAUACCCAGAGAUGACCAAGAAAAUGGGUGAUUUCAGUCUUAAGGUGAUGCCUGGUGAAUUCUCAGAUUCUGAGAUUUUAGUUCUGCUUGGUGAAAAUGGAACUGGUAAAACUACAUUCAUCCGAAUGUUAGCUGGAAACCUGGAACCCGAUGAAGGUUCGGGCCAGUUGCCACAACUGCACAUUAGUUAUAAGCCACAGAAGAUAUCACCCAAGUCACAGGGCCUAGUCAGGAGCUUGCUGCAUGACAAAAUUAGAGAUGCAUAUGUUCAUCCACAGUUCAUAACAGAUGUGAUGAAGCCAAUGAAAAUUGAAGAAAUAAUGGACCAGGAAGUUCAAAACUUAUCUGGUGGUGAGUUGCAGAGGGUCGCCCUUGUGCUGUGCCUAGGGAAGCCGGCAGAUGUGUAUCUUGUCGAUGAGCCAUCUGCUUACUUAGAUUCUGAGCAGCGUUUAGUUGCUGCUAAAGUUAUUAAGCGGUUCAUAUUACACGCUAAACGAACUGGCUUCGUAGUCGAGCACGAUUUCAUAAUGGCCACAUAUUUGGCGGACCGCGUCAUAGUAUUCGAAGGGACGCCGUCAAGUCAUGCCACUGCGCAUGCGCCACAGUCACUGCUGAAUGGCAUGAAUAGAUUCCUCGAGCUCCUGGGAAUCACCUUCCGUAGAGAUCCAAAUAAUUUCAGGCCUAGGAUCAAUAAACAUUCUUCUGUAAAAGACAUAGAACAAAAACGGGCAGGCCAAUAUUUCUUCCUGGAAGAUUAAAAUGUGUAAAUGUAUCAAUAUGUAUUUAUAUAUAUGGAAGCUGUGUAUCUGUCACAAUGAUGGUAGCCUGCCAUCCCGUGUAUUUCCAAUAAUUGUAUUACUGUAAUAAAUCACAUUUUAUAAACA